AAUUAAAUUCCGGCCCAUUUGUUUAUUUCCGGCCCAUUUGAUUGUGAGAAGCGUAACAAAAAUUUCAAACGAUAGAGCGGAAAUUCACGGCGGUGUAAGCUGACGGAGCUGAUGGAGCCGGCGCCGGUGAGGGUUUAACCGCCGAUAGAAAAUAUUGCAAAUAGAAACUUGGUGUAUUUCAUGGCUUGCUUCCACAUACCACAAAUUCAUGGCGUUUGGAGAGGAAUUUAUUGUUGUGUGGGGAAGAAUCUCUCAGUAAAUAAAAGGAUAUGUCACAAGUUGAUUACUGUCGGAAACCCGAGGAGGACAUACUCUUCAUCUACCCUGUUAAAAAAGGAUUUCUGCCAAGGGUGUCGUAGUUUGAAUUCUGGAUUUUGUGAGGUUGGAGGCCGUAGCUUCUCAAGGGGUAUUAGUGCAUCUGCUCAAAAUGCACACACACUUAGUGAGAGUACACUUUCCGAUUCCGACACACGUGACGAUGUAUCAACCAGCAUUAGUCCAUCAAAUGGCAGAGUAAUGCUUAUUGAUGGCACUUCUAUCAUAUAUAGAGCAUAUUACAAGCUUCUUGCAAAAUUGCACCAUGGUCAUCUCAAGCAUGCUGAUGGCAAUGGAGAUUGGGUCCUAACUAUUUUCAGUGCAUUGUCUCUGAUACUUGACGUGUUGGAGUUUAUCCCUUCACACGUAGCGGUCGUCUUUGACCAUGAUGGUGUUCCAUAUGGUCAUGCAUCUGUUUCAUCAAAACAAAGUUUUAUUGCAAAAGGCAUGAAUUUUCGGCACACCCUAUAUCCCUCUUACAAAAGCAAUCGGCCUCCAACCCCAGAUACCAUCGUUCAGGGACUUCAGUACUUGAAAGCAUCCAUCAAGGCAAUGUCCAUCAAAGUAAUUGAGGUACAGGUACGUGUUGUCUCCCCGGACAAAGAUUUUUUCCAGAUUCUAUCUCCUUCACUGCGCCUACUGCGGAUUGCUCCUCGUGGCUUUGAGAUGUCCUCUUUUGGGAUGGAAGAUUUUGCUGAAAAAUAUGGAACCUUGAAGCCAUCUCAAUUUGUUGACAUAAUCUCACUCGUCGGAGAUAAAUCUGAUAAUAUACCAGGAGUUGAUGGGAUCGGAAACGUUCACGCUAUUCAACUUAUUACAAAGUUUGGCUCGUUGGAAAACUUAUUGCAGUGUGUUGAGCAAGUUGAUGAGGAACGAAUCAAAAAGGCAUUGGUUUCAAAUGCCGAGCAGGCUAUUUUAAGCAAGAAUCUUGCUAUGUUACGUUCCGAUCUUCCAUCCUACAUGGUUCCAUUUACCACCAAAGAUCUGGUUUUUGUCAAACCCGAGGACAAUGGGGAGAAGUUCAGAAGCCUCUUAACAGCCAUAAGUGCUUAUGCAGAAGGAUUUUCUCCAGAUACUAUAAUUAGAAGGGCCUCUUCUUUAUGGAAAAAGCUCGAAAACCAAUGACUCCAAUUACUGUCUUCAUCGACCGAUGAAAAAUUAUCUUUCGUGAUGGCAAAUAGACUGCAAUUUGGUGCUUAUGCAGAAGUACCUCCGACAAAUUAACUUUAGAAGCUGCUUGUUUAUGGAGGAAGCUCUAAAGCCAGUAAUUCAGAUGACAUUUGUUGCUCUUUUGUUUAUAUAUUUCUUUAUGUAAAAUUGUCACUCGAUGAACUACAAUUGUAGAUUGAAUUUUUGAUAUAGUCUUUUUGGAUACCUAUUUUUUUUUCUAGUGUAAAUACUUGCCCCGGGUUUUAGCUGCU